UCUUGCUCUGUCGCCCAGGCUGGAGUGCAAUGGCGUUAUCUCGGCUCACUGCAUCCACCACCUCGUGGAUUCAAGCAAUUGUACUGCCUCAGCCUCCUGAGUAGCUGGCAUUACAGGCACGUGUCACCAUGCCCAGCUAAUUUUUUGUAUUUUUAUAGAGACGGGGUUUCAUCACAUUGGUCAGGUUGGUUUCUAAUUCCUGAUCCACCCGCGUCGGCCUCCCACAGUGCUGGGAUUACAGGCGUGACCCACCGCGCCCGGCCUCAUAGCUGUAAUUUUUAAAUGAAAGCUGUAAGAGCUGUGAUUGCACCUGUCUAUAUUUAUAUAUUUAUUUUAUAGGUAUGUUACUUUCUCCCUCUUGAUGGAAUUCCUAAAGAUCAACUUGUAAAGGAGCUCUAUUUCAUUGGCUUUAGAAAACCACAUGCACUUAUGUAAAUUAAGACUAGUCAAACAGGCUUCUGUUAUCUUUAGAUGUGGAAGAUGGUAAACGUGUAAAGUAUAAAACUAUAAAUUAAAUGUAAGAACACCACAUGCAAUAAAAGUGAAUUGCUUGGCUGGGCGGUGCUCGGCUCUGUCAUCCCAGCACUUUGGAAGGUUGAUUGGAGGUGGAUCAUUUGAGGCUAGGAGUUCAAGAACAGCCUGGGGAGCCAGGCAGGCAGAUCAUGAGGUCAGGAGUUCGAGACCAUCCUGGCCAACAUGGUGAAACCCCGUCUUUACUAAAAAUACAAAAAUUAGCCAGGCAUGGUGGCAGGUGCCUGUAAUCCCAGCUACUCAGGAGGCUGAGUCAGGAGAAUCACUUGAACCCAGGAGGCAGAGGUUGCAGUGAGCCGAGAUCGUGCCACUGUACUGUAUCCUAGGUGGCAGAGCAAGACUCUGUCUCAAAAAACAAACAAACAAACACACACACACACACGGUAAUUUACCAUCCAUGGUGCCUCGCACCUGUAGUCCUAGCUACUCGGGAGGCUGAGCAGGGAGGAUCACCUGAGCCCUGGAGACAGAGGUUGCAGUGAGCCGUGAUCACACCACUGCACUUCAGCCUGGGUGACAGAACAAGACCCUGUCUCAAAAAAUAAAUAAAAAUUUUUACAAAGUGAACUGAGGGUGGGCGUGUGGCUCAUGCCUGUAAUCCCAGCACUCUGGGAGGCUGAAGCAGGUGGAUUGCUUGAGUCCAGGGUUUGAGACCAGGCUGGGUAACAGUGAAACCCUGUCUAUACUAAAUAUAUUUAAAAAAUUAGGAUAGCAGCGAUCUCCUCCUCGGCAUCAUGGCCGCCCUUAGACCCCUUGUGAAACCCAAGAUCGUCAAAAAGAGAACCAAGAAGUUCAUCCGGCACCAGUCAGACCGAUAUGUCAAAAUCAAGUGUAACUGGCGGAAACCUAGAGGUAUUGACAACAGGGUUCGUAGAAGGUUCAAGGGCGAGAUCUUAAUCCCUAACUUUGGUUAUGGGAGCAAUAAGAAAACAAAGCACAUGCUGCCCAGUGGCUUCCGGAAGUUCCUGGUCCACAACGUCAAGGAGCUGGAAGUGCUGCUGAUGUGCAACAAACCUUACUGUGCUGAGAUCGCUCACAAUGUUUCCUCCAAGAACUGCAAAGCCAUCGUGGAAAGAGCUGCCCAGCUGGCCAUCAGAGCCACCAACCCCAAUGCCAGGCUGCGCGGCGAAGAAAAUGAGUAGACAGCUUAUGUGCACGUUUUGUGUUCAAAUAAAACUGGCCUCUUCCUUAAUUUAAAAAAAAAAAAAAAAUUAGCUGAGCAUUGUGGCCCGCGCCUGUAGUUCCACCUACUCGGGAGGCUGAGUGGGGAGGAUCACUUGAGCCCUGGAGUCAGAGGUUGCAGUGAGCUGUGAUGUCACCGCACUGCACUCCAGUCUGGGUGACAAAGUGAGACCCUGUCUAAAAAAAAAAGAAAGAUGACUUGCUUCAUGGAUGUCAAGUCUGACAAUAAAUUAAUUUUAAAAAGUAAAGCAGAGACCCGUCAGUGGUUUUUUUCUGGCUUGCUUGGAUGGUUAUUUCUCAGACACGGUGUUAUUUUGUCAGCCAGGCUGACGUGCAGUGGCACGAUCUCAGCUUACUGCAGCCUCUGCCUCCCAGGUUCAAGCGAUUCUCGUGCUUCAGCCUCCCGAAUACCUGGGAUUACAGGCAUGAGCCACCACGCCCUGCUAUUUUUGU